AUGAUCCUGCCCUUGCUGCUCGCGACUGCUGCUGCUGCUGCUGCUGCUGCUGCUGCUGCUGCUGCUGCUGCUGCUGCUGCUGCUGCUGCUGCUGCUGCUGCUGCUGCUGCUGCUGCUGCUGCUGCUGCUGCUGCUGCUGCUGCUGCUGGUACUGCAGGGAAGAGCGAUGAUACUUCUAAACCACUCUCCAUUUCCAUUCCCCCUAAUCCUCCCCCACCCCCUCCCCCUCUCUCUCCCCCUCCUCCCGCCCCGCCCCCUCUCUUCCCCCCACCCACAGCCCCCCAGUCAAGCCCCCGAUCCCCAGGGGAGCUGGCCCGAGGAACAUCACGAGAGCUGCUUUUUUCUCCUUCCCUUGCACUCUCCCUCUCCCUAUCUCUUGAUCCCGACCUACUUCUUUCCCGCAUUCUCUCCCGUCCCCUCUCCCUUUCUCUGUCUUUCUCUCUCGUCCUCUCCCUAUCUCCUUCCCUCCCCCUCUCCCCUCCUCUCCCCUCUCUCAUCCUCAUCUCCCUCCUCCGUCUCUCAGCCUCCCUCUUCAGCCCACUCAAUCCGUUCGGUCUCGCCCCAUGCUCCCUCCCCUCAGGCUCUCUAAUCUCUCCUUCUCCCUUCCUUAGCACUGCUCCAUCCUCUCUCACCCUCGGCCCUGCUGCUCCUUCAGGAACCUUUUGCGCACGAGACUCUAGCACCACCUCCUCUCGGCUUCCAUCCUUGUGCUUCUGGCCUGCUGCCUCAUGCAUCCUCACUCUCUCCUCCCUUUCACCUCUCCCACUCCUCUCCUCCCUUUCAUCUCCCCCACUUCUCCCCUCCCCUCCUUGUCUCCUCUCCCCUUCCUCUCCACGUCCCCUCCCUCCCUCCUCUCCACCACCUCUCUCCCGCUCAGGCAGAAACCUCAAAUCAGCCCUCUCUCCCCUCACCAACCCUUCCCUAUAA